AUGGAAGGGCAGAAGAAUACCAAGACCACCUCCAUAGAUUCCAACUUCCCCGUCCUGCUGCCUGAGGACCCUUGUCUGUAUAUGAAAUCUGAUAAGUUCAAAGAGCACAUUUUUGCUUCCGUUGCAAAGAGUAGCGAGAGCAAAGGGGAAACGGAAACAGGAGGUUCCAUUGUCCCUGUGCGAGAAGAGCCCAAGCCCACUGUGGCGGAAGAUGCUGCUGCUGCUGCUGCUGCUCGGUCAAGCGGGAAUACUUUUAUCGAUGCUCUCACUCAAGAGGAGCAAAAUCCCAGAGCAGAGAUCCCUUCGGCGGAAGACCUAACGGCAAAGAACCUGGCUCUUACCGACAACGCUGGUGUCACCUAUGCUUCUACACAAUCGAGUCUGGUAGACUUAUUCCACACGUUAGAUGGAAAGCCGGACGAGCAAUCAUUGCUGGUUCUAGCUCCUCUGUUGGAGAAAGCAUGGAAAGAAGAUGCCUUGGUUACCCUUAAGAUCAUCUGGAAUUGCCGCAGCAUUCACCUGGGGAAGGGGGAGCGAUCCAUGUUCUACGUCGCCUUAGGUUGGCUGAAGGAGAAUCAUCCACAGACCCUUUUGGCCAAUCUUCCCUGGAUCACCCGUGCUGUAAUCGAGAAAGUGCCCAAAAAAGACAACAAAAGGGAGGAAACGGCAGUUGUUGUUGAGAAACAGACGCUGGGGGUUGAUGAUCACGAAGUCGUCCACGGGGUAUCCCACGGUUACUGGAAGGACCUCCUCAACCUUCUUGCGCUCUCCGCCAACGAUGAGCUCGGAAUGAAAGAUCCGAACACAGUCUUGAAGAACAGGACUCGAGCUCGCCAGGAGCCACUGGAGAACCUAGAUAUUUCACUGCCUCUAAGGGGCAAAAAGAUCAAGGUCUCGGCCAUGAGCUCCACAGAGAAACAUGCUUAUCUGGAAAUUCCACGAGAGGACAGAAUCAAGGAAGCCCAAGCGAUAGUCCCUCUCCAAAAUGAAGUAGCUAAGGGGAGAAAACGCGCCCGAGAAGCAAGUCACCAUGAGAAGCUGUGGCAAAAAUAUGAGACCGAUAAGUUCCACCGUGCCUUGCACAAUACCGUCGCCCGCAUGUUUGCCGACCAGCUCAGGAGGGACAAAUGUAUCCUGGAAGGAGGCUCGAAGGAGCAACUAAGCGAGAUUAGUCUCUGCGCCAAAUGGGCGCCGUCUCUUGAACGUUUUCAUGAUAAGCAAACCCUAAUAGCAACUACCAUUGCAGAAAUACUCUUUCCUGCCGAAAGUAUCAAGAAGGAGGGCGAUACAAGAGAAAUGUACCUAAAGCGUGCACGAGAACAGUACAGAGCCUCGAUACUGUCCCCCUUACGCCAGGCACUUCAAGUAGUCGAACGUGAUAUAUCAGCAAAUAACUUCGCGAAUAUCAACUACGCUCGAGUUCCAUCUCUUGCCAUGGACCUGUAUAAGGGCCUCUUUGCAAAGAAAGACCAUGACAACUUCUUAAAGUAUCUCCUCGAAGUUCAAUCUGGCAAACAGGCUAUUUCUGGAAGUGUCCUCAUGCCUGGACCACUGGUUCACCAAUGGAUACGCGGCAAAAAGGACGAAAUAGCCAAGCUGACGUUAAAUUCCCAGUGGGAGACUCUAGUCCAGCGCAUAAAAGAUAACGGUUCACUAUCUGAUGCUAUUUCUGUUUGCGAUGUUAGUGGCUCUAUGAUGUCCACGUCCAUAAAUGGUGCUAGUAUGCUUGAAAAUGCCGUAGGACUGAGCCUCGUCCUCUCGGCGGUAACGAAACCACCAUUUGGAGGCAAACUAAUUACCUUUUCUGCAAACCCACAAAUAGUAACGAUAGAGGGCGAGAACGAGAAGGUUCCCUUUGGAGAACAAGUUGAUAGAGCUGUUGGCUUAGACUGGGGCUAUAAUACCAACUUCCUCGCGGUGUUCACGAAGCUUAUCCUCCCGUUAGCCAUCAACAAUAAGGUCAAGCCAGAAGACAUGGUUAAACGCCUUUUCAUUUUCAGCGAUAUGCAAUUCGAUGAGGCAAGAGAAAGCUCUGAUCCCUGGGCCACGCAUUAUCAGAUCGUUGAAAAGGAGUUUAAAGCAGCAGGUUACGAAGUGCCUGAGUUAGUCUUUUGGGAUCUUUCUCAAACAAAAACAGGAUCAGCUCCCGUCACUGAGGAUAUGCCUGGCACAUCUAUAGUUGGCGGACAGAGUCAGGCAAUGCUCAAAGUCUUUUUGGAAGGAGGAUCGUUUGACGAGGUAGAAGAAGAAAUAGACGAGGAAGUAGGAGGCGAAGAUGAAGAUGGCUUUGAAAUGGUCAGAAAGAAAAAGAAAGCCAUAACUCCGCUCUCGCUCCUCAUGAAGGCGAUCAAACACCAAGCGUAUGACAUGCUUACGGUGGUUGAUUGA